AAGAUAUUAUUGCUCUCCUUUGAAUGAAUACAAUAAUUUCACAACUGCCAUUUCCUGCUUAACUUUAAAAAAUUCAACCAACCCAGAAAAUGUUUCCUCACCGAAUAUUAACAAUGGAUUCAACGCAUUGUGAACGGAAAAUGGCGUCUGUUAUUUUACAGCAUGUUAUUACAUCUAUUUUACGAGGACUCCGUAAGUCUAUAAAGCAUUUUACUAGCAGUGAGGGUAUCAGGACGUUAUUAUAAGAGUUUUUCUCAAACAUUAAGAUGCAGGGAAUCCGCCUUUGGUUUAAGUGUGUGUGUGUGUGUGUGUGUUUGUGUGUAUGUAUGUGUGUAUGUGUGUGUGGAAAAUGUCUUAUUCCUUUUUUUUUUGUAUUGUUGCAACAUCCUGCAGCCUCAAGCUCAUGAGAAACAGAAAGGGGGGGGGGGGACCAUUUGCAAUUAUUUGAACGAUUGUUUUCUCCCUCUAGUCACAUCUGACGGGGCUUUUUAUUAUUUGUGAAAUGAAAAGCUAAAUUAAACCUGACGAAGAAAAAAAAAAGAGAGAGAGCAAGGGCAGGAUUGAUUUACUCGCUGUAUUGGUAAAUAUGACCACGUGAUCCAUGUAACCAAUCCCUGUAGAUGCAGGCCAGCAAAAAUACUAUGAUUGUUCAUAGAGAGAAGCUUCCCGUAACAGUGCAACCCUUAUUAUAUGAGUAGGAAGAGAUCAAAAAUGUCUUCCAGUGGCACUCUCAGUAACUGCUAUGUGGACGCUAUUAUGGGCCAGGAGCCGGAGGAUGUGUACGGUGCUCGCUUUAUUCAGGCUCCACACACGGUGACCCCGAGGCCGUCAGGUGCUGGGGACAACGCUGACUUCGCCUCUUGCAAUUUUGCACCAAAGUCCGCCGUUUUCUCGUCGUCGUGGUCCUCGGUUCACCCGCAGGGGAUUUAUCAUCCGUACGUGCACCACCACCACCACCACUCCCACCACCACCAGUCCCAUCUGCCCGCCUCGGACGGCAGAUAUGUCGGCGUCCGCUCCUGGAUGGACCCCAUCUCCAACCACGUCUCGUUCGCCGGAUUUCACUCGGGCUCCGGUCGGCCGUACGGGGCGAAACCCGAGGUGCUGCCGCCGAAAGCUACUGAGUGCGACGCGUCGGAGGCAGAGGCUCGGCCGCUCGCCGGCGAGUUCGCGUGUGGAGUAUCGGAGUGUCCAGAAAAGGCGAGCAAAGAGCACAGUGGAAGUGAGCUUUCGAGCCACAGCGAGCCCAAAGAGGAGAAACAACAACAACUUGACCCAAACAACCCUGCAGCAAACUGGAUUCAUGCACGCUCAACGAGAAAGAAGCGAUGCCCCUACACUAAAUAUCAGACUUUAGAGCUGGAGAAGGAGUUCCUCUACAACAUGUAUUUGACAAGAGACCGACGCUACGAGGUGGCCCGCAUACUCAGUUUAACCGAGAGACAAGUGAAGAUCUGGUUCCAGAACAGGAGGAUGAAAAUGAAGAAGAUGAACAGAGAGAGGAGCAGCAAGGAGCAGCUAUAGAGUUCAGUGCUGCUGCCAUAUCACACGUUUUGAUCUUUGUACCAACGAAGCCAUCUGGACAAUUACAUUUACUUUGGUAGGAGCCUCGGUAUCCAGUUUUUUUUUUUGUUAUUUUAUUUUUAUUAUUUUAUUUUAUUUUAUUUUAAAUCCUAAGUAGUAAAUAUUGAGAGUCAAUGCCGUAACGUAUUGACCAAAAGGGCAUCACAUGUGCAGGAAUCUGUUCUUUCAGGAUCUGUCAGACUGAUAUUUUCUGUUUUACACUUUCACACAAUCAACGAACUGUAUUCAUUCACUUUCUCGAAUUUGUUUGAACGCCCUCCCUCCUUCCGUCCCGGCCACAGUAGGAAACCCUGCUCGUGUGUAUUGCUUUUAUAGAUGUUAAGAACCCGGAAUUUGUAUGUAAAACAUUUUCACAAGACAGCCGUGCACAUGCUGCUGUCAGUAAAAGCCGUGCACACUUUAACUUGCUGUAAUUGUUGACCGUGCAGGUGUAGCUAUAAUCACGCCCGUGAUGCCUUCUCAAAAAAAACAAAAAAACAACCCAAAAACAACAAUUGAAGGGAGAGAAAGCUAAUUCUCAAUUUAAUCUUAAACAUCGAUAAACAUAUUAACAUUAUUUCCUUUAAUUAACAACAUUUGGCCACUCUGUCUGCAUGCUGCUGGUAUAUUCUGGGCUGUUUUUGUAUUUGAGUUCUUUAAAUCGGAAUGAUUCCCUGAGGCCUUGUUUGCACAAAGACUGUUGGACUCCAGAACAAAUGUCCUGCAGGUAAAUAAAACGACACAAAAUUUUAACCCGACAGUCAUUUCCAAACAGUCUAAUUUUCUUAUUUGCAGCUCUUUUUUUUAAACGCUAACUGAGGUUACUUACUGUAUGUUAGAUUUCGCUUUUUAAAACAUUGGAUUUGAAUGGUUAGAACAAGUAAUAAAGUGUUUACGACUGGAAGAGGUGUUGCGGCGGAUUUCCAAUUUAUUGUCCAACUUGUACGAAUAAUUGCUUUAAAGCAGGAAGAAACGUGGUCCAAUAAAGCUAUAGAAAUGGCUAGACGUCUGGCCUAAAUGA